GACUACAGAUCUGCACCGGCCGCACAAAAUCCGCCCAACCCGAUCCCCCUCGGAUCUCCCGCCGAAACAACCUCGUACCAGGUCACCCCACGCCCGCACGGAUCCCACCCAUCCACAUCCGACACCCCGGCUUCCACCAGUCUCCACCCGAUACGCCUGGAUCCAAUCCGCCUCUAAACCCUAGCUAGCGCACGCCGCCGCUCCCCCGGCCUGCACCUUGCACGCCGCCUCUGCAUGCGCACCUGCCGUGACUUAUGACUCGCCGCAAGCGGUCAGCGAUGUCGUACUUGGAGGAUGCGACGGACUCGAGAUCGGAGGAUGAGACGGACUCUGGAUCGGAGGAUGACGAGAUAGCUCAACAGGGGGCAGCCGCAGCGACUUUGGCGGCGGGGUUAUCGAUCAAGCUCGUGAUCGACACCAAGUCUCAGAAGGUGCGGUUCGCCGAGGCCGGAACCGACGUCGUGGAGUUCCUCACCGGCCUCCUCUCCCUGCCGCUGGGCACCGUCGUCGACCUGCUGACCAAGGAGCACAUGGUCGGCAGCAUCGGCAACGUCCUCGGCAGCGUGGAGAAGAUGGACGCCGGCUACAAGGGCAAGGAGCGGCGCCUGAGCCCGGCCGUCGGCCCCGCUGCGCUCUCCCGCCUGCAGCAGCUGCUGAGCAGGCACCUCAACAACGGCCGAACCUGCCAUUGCACCAGUUCGAUGAACAAUGCCAUCACGCGAGCAGCCGCGGGAACAUCCACGACGGCGUCGCUACCCACGGCCACGUACACGGUCGGGGACGACCUCUCGGUGACUCCGGCUUCUUUUUUCUCGACCAUGUCGCUACUGGGCAUCAGGCAGUUCGCACAAUUUGGCGGCGAGGACCUCAGCGGGCUGCAGGAGAAAACCGUGAAGAUCGGCAAGGAAGAGGCGCUGAGGAUACUGGCUGCUUCCCUCAAGUCCAAGACCGUGCUGACCGAUGUCUUCCUCAAGAGUCAGGAGUGAAGCCAUUGUCCACUAAUAGUAAUUCAGAAUUUCAUUAUCAUAUAUAUCAUUAUGAUAGAAAGGAUAUAUUUUUCAAUAUCACUUGAAUUUAGUUGCGAUGGCAUAUUUUUCUUGUGCGGCUGCUGCCGUGAUGAAUCAAAGAUUUUGCCAAUGUUGCUUUUGUUGUUCC